AUGGCUGUGUUAUGGGUGAUUUUAAUUUUGGUCUCAACGGGCCUGGAAUUCUCACAAGGAUUCCCUGUUGAGCCAACGCAACGGGUCUACCCGCACGAGUCGAGUGGGUUACUGUUAGAAGGAUGGAGCAGCACAGUGCUGCUGGCGCUGGCGCUGAUCCUUACUGCCGCUGUUGUGCUGUUUGGAUGUACUUGGUGCUAUCGGCACAAGGAUAGUAAGUUGUUUACCGCGAGCGUGACGCAUCUUCACGAUGGCCGGCGCGCUCAGCCGUUGGAUUCGGGCUUCUCUGAGCCGGUCAACAACAACAUUAGCGAGGACAACAACAAUGGUCCGAUAUCGUUGCGGGAGAUGCAGAACAUCGCUAACAACAACGCAGCCGUGUACAUCACUAGCGAGAAUGAGGAGAGGAAUCGGAUUAGUCGGGAAUCGGUCGUUGAAUUCGAACCGCUCCCGGCCGAUAUACGGGUUGUGGAUCCGCUUGAGAGAUGUGCCGAUUGGUUCGCUGGUGAGGAUUUCCAAAGGGACCAACUUCAGUAUCUAAGAGAAAUCGGUCGCGGUUGGUUUGGCAGAGUAGUAAAGGGAGAAGUAGACGAUGGAUGCGGCAUCUCGACUGUAGCAGUUAAGAUCCUCAACCAAAAUGUCAGUUUGGAAGACAAAGCGCGUUUCCUCGAUGAAGCCCGUUUAUAUAGGGACAUGGAUCACGAGAACGUACUGAGCUUCGUAGCUAAAUGCUUGCAAGAAGACCCGUGGAUACUUCUCUUUGAAUUAUGUUCAAUGGAUCUCCAACAAUAUCUGAUAGUGAACCGUCCAAAAAUGGCUAUAUUGAACGAAAGCGGGGUACCACUUCAACUGAUGUGUGACGUCAGCUCGGCUCUUGCGUACAUUCACUCGAGAGGAUAUUUGUACGGCAAUCUAUGGAGUGGUAACAUACUAGUCCGUGGCAAUGAGAACGUUCGCGCCGUCCUAGGAUGUUACAGUACAAGCGAAGCCCCAGUACAAUGCGCACCGCCCGAAACAAACAGACAGCCAGCCAUAUACAAUACUAGCAGCGAUGUUUGGUCGUUGGGAUGGUUGGUAUGGGAAGUAUGUGCGUGGGGAGCGACGCCACCCCCGCCGCCCGCACCCGCCCCGGAAUUGCCUUGCCCCUACAGGAACCAUCUAUACCAAGUGAUGCAGUUGUGCUGGAACUCUAAUCCAGAAAAUCGCCCAUCGGCGGCUCAAGUGCACGCUCUCAUAAACCACUUGUACUACACGCAUUCCCACACGAACGACUCCGCGAAAGACGACGGCUACUCCAGCAGCGAUUUCGAGGAACGCUGGCAGAAAUUAAAACCCAACACCAUACCCAAGAUAGAUGAGCACGUAGCUAUCAUACACGCACCGUCUACCUCGACGGUCUCGCAUUUCACGAGAUCCGACCAGGAAUUUGAUAACACACAAACCUUGCAAGAUUCCCUCAGCGUUGAACUAGACACGGCCGUCUCCCGGACCAGCAGCAUCAUGUCCGAUAGAGACCCACUGUCUGUUCAACUGAAGUCUGACAGCCUAACUAAUCUUCACGGGUCUUUGGAGGACGUAAGGAAUAUCUACCUCACUCACAACGAAACGGCAGCACUUGAAUGCCAUCAAGGUAACAUGCAACUAGAGGACAAUAGGGAGAGGGAACAAGACCGAUCAGACAGUUCAAUGGAUCCUUGGCUGAAGGAUAUCAUGAAUGGCAGUCAAGACGACGUUAGUUAUUACAAGGACGUGAGUGACGUCAUAAAGAAUCUCGACAACAUUUUGAACUCGGAGAAGACUUCGAGUUCGGAAUCCAGUCACCAAGCCAGUCCAUCCAGGGAUAAUUUAAGUUUAGAGUGUAAGAAAGAUUAUCCAAUGCAAACUAGUAUGGUAAAAUCGCCUGGUAUCAGUAAUUUUCAGAAUAUUCUAGAUAUGGGCUUUGAUUCGAAAUCCGAGAGUCCAGUACGUUGCGAGGAAGAUGAAGGAGAUGGUGAUACGAUUGGCACGCUCAGCCAUUCUUUUGAACGGCACAGCGAUACAAUAAGUCAGCAGACUUUGGAAAAUCUUACUCCAGACACUCCCAACGUGGACUUACAUAGCGUUACUAGCCUAAAUGAUUUCAAACAGAGCCUCGCUGUUAUGAAUAAGGAUAAUUUGAAACCAAGAGAUGAAGAUAGUCAUUUGCCAAAUGAAUAUAAUGUAGUCAGUAAUAGUAGUGUAGUGCCCAAGUUGAUGGAACUCUGUGUAUCAUCAAUGCCUAGUGUAAGUGAAACCAAGGAACAAGUGAUCUUAAAACAAGACUGUGAAACAUCUUACAAUAAUACAAGUGAUAUAGUAAGUGCUUGCAAACAAAAUAAGUCAAUAGAUGAUAAUAUCGCCUUUAUUAAAAAUGAAAUAGAAUUAGAAAAUGGGCUAAGAAACAAAGAUGAAACCAUUGUGAAUGAAAAAAUAUCAAAUGAUGCUGAACCAGUAGUUGAAAACCACCAGGAAAGUGAUAGCCAUGAACAAAUGAAAAACGAAUUUAAUUGUACUGAGAAUGUAAUUGAAGAAAAUAGUUCAAGUGCUACUAACGAUAUUAAAAAUGCGGUUAAGGAAGAAGAAAUUCCUGCCGUUCUCAUAGAAGAUACUGAAGGGCCUAUAGCUUGUAACAAAAUUUUAGAUACAGCUGAACUGUCAAAGGAGGGAUUAAAUGAUGCCAUCAACGAAAUUAUAGACGAUAAUAGUGAAACCAAAAACAUGUCGUCUAUAUUUCCAGAAGAACAACAUUUUAGCAAUGAAACCAUCAAACCCGUGAUGAACGACAGUUAUACAAAUGAAUACAAUAAAGUGUUGGUUAACGAUUUAAUUGGAGAUAUUAAUAAACAUCCUUCCAACGAUAGUGAUAAUGUAGCUGUAAAUCAAUUUGUGAGCCAAGAACCAAUAAUAUCUAAACCCAAUUCAAUAUUGCCAGAACAACAUUUGAGUAAAGAAAUAAAGAAAGAAAAUACUCAUGAAGAAGUAUGCACAGAAUUACGAAGUGUUGUGAACAAAACAAGUAACAGUCGUGACAUGGUUUUACCUUCGGAGGAAAUGAUUCAAAGCGAUGCUAACCAUCUACACGAAGACAAAAUAAGUGAUGUAUUAAUGCCAGUCUCUGAAAAUAGAGAUGAUUUUUCUGUUGAAGAAAAAAAAUUAUCAACCACUAGUAUACAGCCUUUAGAACAAAUAUCAAGCACAGAGCAACCUGAAACAGUACAAAAUAGUGAUGUAAACACAUCUGAAUUCAAUGUAAUAGUCAAUAGUGAAGGAGUCGAUAGUUGUCAAAAGGCUAUCGAUAUUUGCGUUUCUGAUGAAGUUCAAACUAGUGAUAAAGUAAUUCCUGAUCUUAUUCCUGCAGAGGCGUUUGCAAUUGAAGAAAGUGUUGCACGUCAAGCCGAAGAUGCAACAGAAUCUAAAGUAAGCCCCAACGAACAAUCAUCAACAGAAAAAUUUAGUGAUAGCACUGUAUAUAUGGAUCUCAUUAAUAAUACGAAUAGUAAAAUUUUAAAAGACGAAUCCUUAGAUAGUAAUAUUAAGAAUGUCAUAAAAUCUUGUUUAGAUGUAUCCGAUACGGACAUCCAAUGGAGUUUAGUUAAAAAUGAUUCCACGGUUUAUUUAGAUCUCCCUAGUUUGAUAAAAGAAACUCAUGAUUUUCUACAUUCUGAGAAAAUUUUAAGUAGUAAAACUGUAGAACUUGCUAAUGUGUAUACAAGUACGCCUAAGGGAAGUAACACAUCAACUGACAGUACUUUAGAGGCUGCGGAUCAGGAGACAGAAAUUAUGUCUGUGACUAAAGUGCCAGAUUAUGGACCAGGAGUGACGUUAACAAAAUUAGAACAAAAACACGUCCCAGACAAUGUCAGUCCAUUUGACUCACCAUCUAAGAGUCACCACACAGACACCUAUGAUGAAAACAGUUCCGUAGUAUUAGGUCCUUUCGAAAACUUCACCCUUGACCUCUUUAAGGGUGUCAAGUCAGACCUUACCGACCUCCACAAAGAAGAAAUACUGGCGCUAUCAUCAAACUUUAGCGAAAUGAACUUAGAAACGCCUUCUCCAUUACGAGACAGCAAUUUUCUAAAUGAAGUUCCGGAUAUUGUACCGGACGAAUUGCAUUUUGACGAUAUAGCAACCCUCAGUGAAGAAAAGCCAGAAUCCCUCUCAGCCAAUAAAACAGAAGAAACCGAGGAACAAUCUUCUACCGAAAGGCAUGUUUCACCUUUAACACCACCUAAUUCGCCAGGAAAUUUUCUUGCCACUACAAGCCACCAAAAAUACUUAGUAGACAUCGAUAUAAAUAAUUCUAAUUUACCGAAUGAUGCCAACGAAGAUGUCGUGGAUUUAAACCAAAUUGAUCUCCAAAUGACUACAAAAUUGGCAAUGGCUGAGAAUGAGAACAACAUGAAUUUAGAGUACUCGGGUCCGUUAACAGAAGACAGCCUUAUAUUUAACGAGUCCGUUGUAGUAGCAGAUAGCGAAGCUGUAACGGAGUCUUAUUUAGCGGGGAAUAAAAGUUCAGGAGAGAAUUUAAGGGAUAGUCUUGCGAUUGAUGAGGAAAGAAUGAAAGAAUUGAGAAAUGAAUUGGAAUUGAAACUGCCAUUAGCUCAGGUAGCAGGAAUCGAACCUGCAGUAGAGAGUGAGUGGACGGAACUACCUCCGCCUCCUGAGCUCGUUUUAACAUAUGGCGCGCUAUCACCUAUCGCUGAAGAAACACGCAUGCAACUGUCUGCAUAUGAAAAUGAUGACCAAUGGAACACAUCAACCCGUACGGAGUCUUCUGCGAGCUAUCCCGAGCCUUGCAACAACUCGGACGAAGUAACAGACCUUCCGACCGCGCAACACUCCACAUACACGAUCACCAAGGAUAUAAAUCACACCUACACUGUACAGAAAGAAGUUCCAAGCAGCAAAGAAAUAACCAUGAGCGCCGACAGCUUAAACGCCAGUCCGUUGAAAAAACUGGAAGAAGUCCAAUCUCCAAUCGAUGAUCAGACUUACACGAAGAACGACGAUGAAAAAGAUUCGAACUGCGAAAGAUUGUCUCAAGUAUCUCCAUUUCUUCUCAGCCCGACCACAGAUACAUCAGUCCCAGAAUCAGAUAACGUAGCCGGUGUUUCAACUGUAUCGAAAACAACCGUUCCCACGGACGCGAAGACGUCCAAGCCAUCCGAAACACAAUGUUUAUCAAAGGCAGCGAGUAUAGAUUCGUGGUGUUCAAACGACACGCUGUAUAAUGUCGAAGAAAACUUUGACGAUCUUGCAAUGGAUUCGGACGUAGCUGUGGAUAUCGAGGCUUGUAUAGAAAAGGAUAUGAGUGAAAGUGAAGACACUCUCACCCACAACGAUGAUGAUAAGGAAUUAAGCCAUUGUUCCACUUACAUCAUUCACGACAGUAAAUCUGAAGUCUGUGAAACAUUUACACCAGAUUCGAUUACUGCUAACGAUAAUUACACGUACACGAAAGUUAAAUCAGAAGCGGUCGGCACCACGCCCUCCGUCAUUACGAAAUCUGAUUUAAACGACUCUACAAAAAAUACUCAAACGAAAGAUUUGGCAUACGGAACCUUAAUGUCCGGGCUACCGACUUACUCACACUGCACCACAGAAUUGGCAUCGGGUAUUGAUGAUUCGUGGAAACUACAGCAACCAGAGUUAGUAAGGAGAUCUCCGAUAGGCGAUGAAGAUAAAUUUACUCCUCCAAAAGCUAUUGAAAAUAAAAAAUCUCCUGAAAAUGAUGGUCCUCAGCUAAAUAUAGAGCCACGAUUAAGAAAAAUAGACAGUGUUGAAAUCACAUGUCUGAAAGAUUCAUCUGAUGAAAUCAAUAAAUGUGAAAGUUUAGAAGGACCGAGCUUAAAUGAAAAUGACAAUCACGGAAGUCCCAAUAUCCAUUUUCGUAACUUAGCCCAAUCGGUGACCAGCACUCCGUUUUCCGUCGUCGUCGAAGAUGUAGACGAUGUUGAAUCAAUACCCAUCGACCUGCCUGAUGCUGGCGAAGAUACUUCAGAGUAUGUGGCUAACAGUCUUCCCAACUUUCAAACGUUUUUUCAGUCGGCCGAAAAAAGACCUCAUGACAUAUCAUCGAAUAAUAGCAAAGAUGGUGUUAGUUCCGAAAUCCUAUUAGAGGGGGAGAGCAAAUCGAUUAGUAACAAAGAUUUAACAGAUAAUACACCAGGAUAUUCGGAUUUUGAAAAUUCUGCAAAUGCAAAGCCCCAGGACACUAUGGAGUCAGAGAGGUCUAGUAAUGUGGAAGGAGUCAGUCAGGAUGAGUUCCAACAGUUCGAGAGUUCGGUCAAAAACCGGCCACAGGAUCUUUCAUCGGUUACCGACGCUAGCUCUCUUUUAUUAAAAAGCGAAAGGCAAUGUAGCGAAAUCGCUAUGGGCCACUUAACGAACGCUGACUUUGAUGUUACUAGUCAAUCUGCUAAACAAGGCUCAGAAACAGAAUCUCUUAGUUAUAAUUCGACAAAUGUAUCGAACCUAGCUGAAUCUCACGCGUUAUGUAAUAACCAACCAUUGAACGUAUUUAUAACUGAUUUGGAUGUGGAAGAAGAGACAGAACAGCCGCAUUCGAUUAUAAUAACUGAGAGUCCCCUACUAGCUGCUAAGGUGAGCCCUAACAGAACCUUCGACUCACAUUCAAAGUCGAAUCGAAACAAUGUGAACGAGUCUUAUGAUUCACACGCCAGUGGAUAUCAAGCCGUCAAGAAUAUAUGGAUCAACGAAAGCUUUGAACCAAACGAAAGAGUCAAUGGUUUAGGCGGCGCAAGAUUAGCUGAUAACAUAUGCGAAAACGAAGCUCUAAGUGAUGUACAGUUUUCUUCGAUUAGUAUGUACUCCGAACCUAGUGCGAGAGAAUCUCAAAGCGAAUCAUUGACAGAAAGAGAAAGGAGUGUUCAAGAAAAUAGAUCGCUGAAAGUUGCAGAUGAAAAUGUUGUUUUAAAAGAGGAAACGAAAUGCAAUGGAAGCAAAGAAAUGUAUGCAACAGUGAACUACCUACACGAAACGUUCGAAGAACUGUUAGAGAGUAACGUAGAUGAUAAUGAUUUCGGUAACAGCGAUGUUAACAAAGAUGAACAAACUAUUAGUUGCGAGAAGUCAACUGACAUCGUGACGGAUUCGGAAUCCAUCGUGAGUCAAGUGAACGACGAAGGAUCGAUGAAUGAAGGAACAACAGAUGUCUCCCUCGACAAAAAUAAACAAAGCGAUGGCGGUAACAAUGAGGACGAUAAAAAGAUAGCUCUUGUUACAGACAAUUUCUUACAAAACGAGAAGAACUUUUGCCAAUUGGAUUCCUACUUUCCCCUUCUCAGCGAUAUAAGGUUUACUGGUCCAGCUACUGAAAUAAUGAGUACAUCGUUCACCCAAGAUUCACCAACUGAUCCAACAUCACCUGAGUGUGAGCAGGAUAGCAAAAAAGAUCCCACAGCGGAGAUAUUGAAAGAGUGGGACAGCGAUAGUGAUAGUCACUCGUCUAACUCGUCCAGCGGUGAAUUCAUAUGGAAGCAGCGGGAGGGUGUCUCCCAGAGUCAAUCGGGAGGAGGUGAGGUCCAAGGUGAUGGUGGAGCGUCUUCUGGCGGGGACUCCGGCUCGGGCUCCGAAGGAGACGAAGUUGAGUUCGUGCCCUCCUCGUGGGACUGUAGGGCUGCUCCGGCGAAAUCAUCUCUAAGAAGCUUAGAACAACCACCUGAGAGCAAGAAACGUGUUGUCUUCAAGAGACAGAAGUACCACUGUGUGUAUGAAUAUCCUCGUGAAGUCGCUGACAUCGAAGUAGACUCUCCAGCGUCAUACUUACCAGACUACUCCACUUAUUCAGACUGGGACCCGACGAGCGCUGAAGAAGCGGAAAUGGGAUACGGACAGCUGUACGGAGGACCUGACCCGUUGGAUCUGUUCUCAUUACGAUCAGGGAUAGCCUUUGGAGCUGAUUACGACGAAGACUUUUUCAUAUCAUCAUCGGCUCGACCGUUCGAGAGCUUAGGCGUGAUGUCCACCACGAGCCAGUUCUUCCCGGGCAUGCACGUCAAGCCCAUGCUGGAGCGGCAGCUGUCCGAUGACGUCAGCGAGGACUUCCCCCCUCCCCCGUCUCCGCUGCCGACCCCCGUACCCACCAACACGAACAACACUCAAACAGCGAUAGCCCUCACACCGACGCCGUCCUUCGACUUCACAACACCCGACUCGGGCGUCGAAGAUAUAACUCCCGGCUCGACGGCGGAAGAGGACUUCAAAGAUAAGAGGCUCCCGGAAGUGGACGCGUGCUGGCGUGGAGACAGCGCCAGCUCGAGCGAGUCAGUCAGCCCGAGCUCACCGCGCGAGGCGCUCGGCGGGCUGCGACACACACGGGACAAGCUGAAGCUAGACCUACCGCCCAGCCCGCACGCACACGCGCCCUCGCCACGACACAGCCGAGUGUUCAGCUUCGUGCUCGACAAACCCAAACGAUCCAACUCGUGCGAGAUGACUGACGAGACAUCCGCCGUCCCGCCGACCACCACCGAUACAAGAGAUGACGUCAUGCCUGAACCGACCUUCUCCACGUUCGGGAAGAGCGCGCACUGCAGGCCGGCGAACAACACGGAUACCGACAAGAUCAUACUAACGGAUGAAUUACUGCAGUGUGACGUAACCUCGGAGGAGGGGAAGGAAGCGGGCGCCAGGGGCGAGACGAAGGGGGAGGGAACCGUGCUGGACAGUGGGGAUGAGGACUCUGGGAUAGAGAGCAGUGCGAAGACGACGCUGGAGAGAAACAAACCCGCCUCUGAUGUGUCCUAG